AUGACCAGCCGAUGGCAUUCAUCCAGCAGGAGCAUCUGCUACGUGGUGGUAGGCUGUGUGCUCAUCAUCAUCGUACUCAUACUGUUGCCCUUUAUUGUGGGGAUUAGUUCGGCACCUUCACCACCUAAAAAGUGGCCAAAGCAACCCACAACUGAUCCGCCGGAUACGAAUACGACUGAGUUUAUGAGGCAAAAUUCAUCAUCUGUACGUUUUGGCUCUGCGGUGGAGUCAGAACGCGUUCGACCAUUCGAGACACCGCCCAACGACACAUCGCCGGGUGGCACGGUCGAUGGAAAAGGAGCUGCAGAGCGAGAAUCGACCAUGCGGCUACCCGAAGUCAGCAAUGGUAGUGGGAGCAGUAGCAUAGUAUCAUCAGUAUCUGAUGGCCACAUUAGUACCAAUAGUAUUAUUAGCAAUAAUAUAGAUAAUGACGAUGAGUCGCGGGCGCACGAAUUGAAGAACGGUACGAUCGAAUACGCGUACAUAACAAAGUUGGCGCGAGACUUGCACCAAGACGAUAUGCUGUAUGAGCCAGAUGUUUCUGACGGACGACGUAACCCACCAACCCAUGCCACUGGUGCGUUUCGAAGUAGAUCAUCAAAAAUCUGGGAUCCUCAUCCAGAGUACGAGCUCAUUGCAUUCGGUAUAAGAAUGCAUUUAAAGCUAUCACACAACGUAGAAUUUAUUCAGAAGGAUAUGAAGGUGACUCAUUUUUGGCCAAAUGAAACACUACGUAAACCUGAGGAUCACGAUGAAAGCAGGUUACUACAGGGGUGUUAUUACAAAGGUAUCGUCGUAGGAGAUCCACAAUCGACCGUUAGUGUGUCAUUAUGCGAAGGAAUGCACGGGCACAUUAAGAUCACUAACGCCUCCUUUUUUAUCGAGCCAACGAAGAACGUGUCAAGCAGCGACGCAAACAUUCUACACCGUAUCCAACGGCUUAUGGCGGAUAAAACGAGUCCCGGGAACGAUGGGCGAACAUUGUUCGAUGGAUCGAACACACCGGCGGAGGAUUGUGCUGUACGGACAGAUCAUGAAACGGCUGAACGAUUACUUGGCUCGGAACCGACGGCUCAUCUCAGGCCACUCAGUCGAAGGCGGCGCAGCCUCGAACCCUUUUCCAACAAUGAGUACACACUCGAGGUGCUGGUUGCGGUCGAUAACAAAAUGCAGCGAUACCACGGCAGUGCUCUCAAAUCCUACGUUCUAACGCUGAUGUCCAUUGUUUCCAGUGUGUACGCCGAUGCUAGCAUAGGGAGUUCAAUGAAGAUAGCUGUGUCGCACAUAUCCUACAUUCAUCACGACCUUAAUGCACAAACCAACGCCGUUGAGAAGGGAUUGGAAGGGGUGUCAGCUUCCGACAUGCUGCAAGACUUUUGCCGAUUUAAGCAAACCACCAACAUCCACCAUGACGUAGCACUGCUGCUGACCCGCGAGCAAAUCUGUCGCAACCCGGCCGAAAACAACUGCGACACGCUCGGACUAGCGGAGCUGGGCACGAUCUGCCGGGAGACGGCAUGCGCCAUCGUGCAGGAUAAUGGACUGUCGGCAUCCUUUACCAUCGCUCACGAGCUUGGCCACGUAUUAGGAAUGCCUCACGAUGACGACAACCGGUGUCAGCGGUAUCGGGGCGAUUCGUCCGGAAACAAUCGAAUUAUGUCACGCACGAUCGAUCAUAACACGCAUCCCUGGCAGUGGUCCAACUGUUCGCGACAGAUACUGAGCGAAUACUUUGAAAAACAUCCAGAAAACUGCAUGCUAAACCAUCCAUCGAACGAUCUGAUGAAGCAAACCGAUUCGGACAAUAUGCUGGCCGGUGAAAAGUUUACCAACAACAAACAGUGCGAGCUGGUGUUUGGCAAUGGAUCGAAGAUCUGUUCCUACAUGCCAACCUGCGAACGGUUAUGGUGCAGCUGGGAGAAUGAACUGUCCGGCUGCAAAACGCAACACAUGCCCUGGGCUGAUGGAACCGAAUGUAUGGAGGGUCACUGGUGCCAGAAAGGUCGGUGUGUCCCGAUUGAUCGGACAGCCCUGAAACCCCAGAACGGUGGAUGGAGUGCGUGGAGUUCCUUCGACACUUGCUCGCGAACUUGCGGUGGAGGCGUCCAGAAACGUACGCGCGAAUGUGACUCACCGAAGCCAAAAAAUGGUGGCAAAUUUUGCACGGGAUUGCGGCUUGAGUAUCGUGCCUGCAAUACACACGCCUGCCCGAACUCGCGGUACAACUUCCGCGAGGAACAGUGCCACGAGUGGGAUGGUCAGAACUUUGAUGUGCCCACGCUCGAGCCGAAUGUCCGGUGGAUCCCGAAGUAUGGCGCGCCGGUCGCGGAUCAGUGCAAGCUGAUGUGUCGUGCACAGGACAAGAGUCUUUACUUUAUGCUGCGUGAAAAAGUAAUUGACGGUACGCCGUGCACGUUUCCCGAGGACAGUUUCGAUAUGUGUAUUAAUGGGCAGUGUCGCAAGGCGGGUUGCGAUUAUGUGCUUAAUUCUGACGCUAAGCUUGAUCAAUGUGGUGUUUGCAAAGGAGACAAUUCGACCUGUCGCCCUGUGAACGGAUUGUUGUACCUCGGUAAGCAAAACAGCGUACAUAAGGUGUCGGCUGACAAUUCGAUGGAGUUCCACAUACCGGACGGAGCAACCAAUAUUAACAUCAUACACACGGGUUACACGAAGGAUGCAUGCUUUUUGAGUUUAAUGAGUGGAAAUGAAAUCAUCUUCAACGAUCCGAAACACCCGACGGCACACUCCAGCAAACAUCGACUGUUUGCCGGUGUGCGACUCGAGUACACCGUGCACGGAACUCAGGAACGCAUUACAUCCACCUAUGGACGACCGCUCAGGGAGAAGCUUACGGUGCGAAUUAUCCGCAAGCCGAACAACGAUAAAAACUAUAACGGACAGGUGGAUUACAAAUACAUGGUACCGAUACACCCGUUCGGGAACACACUCUCUAACGCGAUAUAUUCGAAGCACGAAAACGAGCCCUACCAUCAUCCACACCAUACGCAGCACAGUACCCAUCACAGUACUAAUAGCGUGAAAAGGCAUCAGCAUACGGUAUCUUCGCCGCCCGAAUCACCGUACCGAUGGGAAAGGACACAAUGGAUGGAAUGUGAUCAGCAGUGUACGGGCCGGAGACGUCGAACAUCUAUCUGUAUCAACACCGACAGCCAGCAAGAAGUAUCGCCGGAAAACUGUCACCAUUCGGCUAAACCGCAGGACAUGUACGAGUCCUGCAAUACGGAGUGCAAAUUCACCUGGAGGCAAGGUCGCACAGAGUGUUCAAAUCCUUGCGGAGAUGGUUACAAACAGAUCGAGUACCUGUGCGUCCGGUUGUAUCCUCAGCUAGAACGAAAGGAGGAAUAUGUCGAUGAGGCAAUGUGUGCGGGUAUUUUAAAACCGAUCAGCAAUCGUGACACACCCUGCAAAGGCUCGUGCAAGAACGCAACCUGGAACUAUUCGUCGUGGAAUAAGUGCUCCUGCUCGGACGGUACGCAGAAUCGUACCGCAACGUGUCUCUCCGACCCGAACGGUUUCCGGAUCGAUGAGGAAUACUGCGAAGCGAAGGAACGCAAAAUGGUAGUUCGCUCGUGCGACACGGAGGAGCAAGAAUGUGCCAAAUGGGUUGCAGGAGAACUUACACCGUGUUCCGUUACCUGUGGCGAAGGUCAGCGAGCGUACGCGCUGCAAUGUAUGCUAAAAAAUGUGAGCGUCAAUGCUGCCUUAUGCGGUGCCCGACCAGUGCCUGUCAUAAUGAACUGCACCAUGCCGCCCUGCGAACCAAAGCAAAUGCCUAACACCCAAUACUCAUCCUAUCUGAACGACGUACACCCAAACCAGAGCAUGAAAAACGGCAACUACCAACCGAACACGGAAUCUAGCCCUGUUCUGCGCGGACAGUGGCGCACCUACAGCUAUUCCAACUGCAGUGCCGAAUGUAAAGGGGGCUUUAAGAAGCGUGUCGUGCGCUGCAUGUCCGAAAACGGUCAGGUGCUGGAGGAACGCUACUGCCCGCAUCCUAAACCUCCGACACAGAUCAAUUGCGCCAACUUCCGCUGUCCCACAUGGACCUUUGGCCAAUGGAGCAAGUGCAAUCACGAAUGCAAACGCUCCCGUCAGGUCCUGUGCCAGGACCAUCGUGGCAAAGAAAGCGACCAAUGCUCGACGGAAAUGAAACCGCCCGAUGUGGAAACGUGUUGUAAUUUUAAAUGGAGAAUUACCUGCUCCGGAACGUGCGAUGCCGAGGGACGCCGCCGGCAUCAUAAAAUCUGCAAGCGGAUAUUCCCCAAGUCGAUCGAUAAUCCCCAUCCGUACAAAACCGGCCGCAAGGUGGACCCGAAGUACUGUGCCGGUCUUAAAGAGCCGACGGAAAGCAAGAAACAGAAAAAAUGUAACAAACCCUGCUCAACCUACUGGAAGGCCUCGCCCUGGUCUAAGUGUUCGGUUGGGUGCGGCACCGGUAGGACAGUGCGAAACGUGACCUGCACCGAUGGCCGCCAAAUCUUGCCGGGAGCCUGCAACAAAACGACGAAACCCCCCAAUACGAAGGUCUGCGAAGCAUUCGAUGGCUGUAAAUGGAAGAUAACGAAGUUUGGCAAAUGCAACUGUAAGGGUAGGCAGAGUCGCACGGUCAAGUGCUUCGACGAGCUGCUCAACACCGAGUCGAACCGCUGCUCCGAGAGCACACGACCGAACAAAACGAUCGCUUGCCAGAAGCCUGCGGGAUGCCGUACCCUGUCGCGCGGUCGCCAUCAUGAUCCGGUGUACCGAAAUUGCAAGGAUGCACAGCGGAAGCAUCGCACGGACGGCGAAUAUACGAUGAGUGUCAACGGAACGAGGACAAAGAUUUACUGCCAUGGAAUGGGGACGGUAUCGCCUACGGAAUAUCUUACCCUGCCUGCUGGUCCAACGGAAAACUACGCCAUCUACAUUAACCGGCGUGCGGGCGAUGCAAACAAAUGUGAAAAAUCGGCACGGCGCGAUUGGUUGGACGAAAGCAUUAGCUACGGUGCGACACACUACCGAAAGAUCCGCAUCAACGUUAUCACGCUGCUGGUGCAAACGAACGACUUCCGGUUCACUACCAGCUCCGGUAAGGGCCAAGCGUUGGGUUCGGCCGGUGACUGUUACAGCAAUACGGGCCGUUGUCCGCAGGGUGAUUUUGCGAUCAAUCUGAAGGGCACGCCGUUCCGCAUACGACCCAACACGUCGUGGGAAACGGCGGGUGUUAAUUCCGUGAUAAAUUUCCUCGUGCCGCUACAACCGCCCUAUCAGAAGGUGCGUGCCCUUUGUGGCGGGUACUGUGGAAGCUGCUCAGUGUCACGAAAUACCAACCUAUAUCUAGAGCUAGUAUAGUACGCGGUC